AUGGCGGGUUACCACCACGAAGUGGCUGCGGUUUCGCAAAAGAUCGCCACAAAGCUGGGCACAGCAGACGACAGGAGCAGCGUGGAGCAUCAGACGCUGCAGGCACUCAGCCGGACCCUCGUGGAAGCAUGUCGUCAGCAUGGCAUGGACGUGACGCCAUCAGUGAAAGGCGGGAAGCUGGGGUUUCAGGGCCUUGAGGACUUUCUGAACUUGUCGCGAAUGGGAACUGACCACUAUGAUCGCGACAAGCUGGUUACUGACCUGUACUUCGCCUUCCUGUUCGCCCAAGAUGUCGCUCAAGGUAACACUCAGCGCAUUGAAGCAGCGAAUAACGAAGCAGUGGAGAGGCUUAUAUCAGGACCGUCUCGAGACUGCCUGUCACCCGUAUCCCCCCUGAGCCCAGCAUCCAGUGGGGGAGAACCUUCGCCUGGCAAAACCGUUGGAGGGUUCUCCUCCGGCUGCGUCCGUGCUGCUUCUGGCAACGACCUCCCUGCUUACGCUCGUCCAGACGCUCUCAAACUGCCCCAGGCCGCCUCGACAUCGAAGUCUUUUUUUCCGACCACCACUACCAGCAGCAGCAGCAGCAAUGGGGGGAAAUGGGGUUCGUCACUUUCUUCUGUUAGCAGGCAGGGAGGGAACAAGCCAGCACCUCUUAUGGGCGUUGGAGCAGAAGAUGAUAAGACGUCGGGUGGGCGGCUGGUGCUCAAGCGGCUGGCAUUCUGCAUGGCAAGGGCAGCAGCAGAGGCAGAGGCGCGCAGGCAGAGAGGGUUGCUGGACGCACAGGAGGUGCUGAGGAGAGAGCAGGAGAAGGCCAGCCGAGCAGCGGCCAUGGCUGGUGGCGGAGCAAGUGGGGGGGUGUGGGCGCCCCUCCUGCUGCCAGAGCUGCCGCGGUGUCUAACUGGAAGGGAGGCAGCUGCAGUGCUGUGCCUGGGGAUGCUUCGGUUGUGGCGUAUGGUGGGGGGAUUGGGGGAUUUGCUGGAGGAGUGGGUGGGGGGGCAGGCAGUUAUGGGGGGUCUGUAG